AUGGACAUAGACAUUCUUCUGUACAAGCGCCAGAGAAAAUGGUGGCCACUGUGCUCACCUUGUUCACCUCGGCUAAACAUGUUCAACCUGAUGAGCAACUGCUGCAGCUGGGUCUCCAAGUUACAGGAGCCAAUCCGGAAAGUGACAGUUCUGGUCAUUGGUCUUGAUAGGGCAGGAAAAACAUCCUCUAUCAGGGUGAUGUUAAGAGAUCCCCCAGGUAUAGAUGUGGGUCCCACUCAUGGCUGUGUACGCAGCGAGCUAAGAGUAGAGAACUACUUGGUCACCCUGUUGGACAUAGGCGGGGCACCAGAGUGCCGUGGGGCCUGGAGGGACCACUACAGUGAGGUCCAUGGGAUCAUCUUUGUGGUAGACUCCAGUGACAGGCAAAGGAUAAAGGAGGUCAAGGAGCUACUGGCAGAUGUCCUAAAGCAGCCAAGAGUGGCAGGAAAACCCAUAUUGGUGUUGGCAAAUAAACAGGACAAAAUGAAUGCUCUGCUUGGAAGUGAGCUGAUUGAAAUUCUGUCCCUUGAAAAGCUGGUCAACCAGAGCCGUUCCCUAUGCCACAUUGAGCCUUGCUCAGCCUUAAUGGAUCUGCGACGCUGGUCAGAGAGGAAAACUCUCCGGGGCCUCCGAUGGUUGUUGCGUGCAGUGUGUCUGGAUUACGCGGAGCUCUGUGCCCGUGUGGCCCAGGACAGCAGAAGACCUCUGGCACCAGAAGAGAACGAAAAGCGUCGAAAAGCAGAGAAAGGACGUAGAAAAACAAAAGAGGAGCGAAUAAGGUCCAGCAAGUCUGAGCUUUGCCAGGUUCACCGGGCACAUGAGAAAGAGCAGAAGAGCAAGGGUGGAAGCAAGCUUCAACCUAUUCGAAACAUCCUGCAAAAGGAGAACACACUGAAAAAGAGGCUGCAGAGAAAGAAGAAGAAGCAGGUUAAGAGCAAGGGAAAGGAAAGAGAAGAAGAAGAACACAAACAGGAGGAUGAGGGUGAAACCAAUGAGGGAGACCAAGAGCAAUCUGGACAGAAAGAGAAACCAAGCAGUGCCCUGAUCCCCCCUAAAAGAGGCAAGUUGAAACGAAAGGCAAAAGUGAAAGAGGAGACAUUGGAUGUUCCAGAUUCACCCGACAACAAAGAAACAACACCGAAAGCUAAAGGGGAAAAGAGGAAAAAGAAGAAAGUGGUGAAAGUUAAAAGGAAAAACAAGAUCAAUACAGAGGAGGUGCCCGGGGGUUACACCCAACCUGUGGACCUGUCUGCUACCUUCGAUCUUUACCGAAAGGCGAUUUUGGCUCUGAAGCAACGACAGGAACAGGGCCAGUGAAAGAGAGUAUUUCACUGCGAGUGAGUCCUGGGAUCGGCGUGCCAGCGACGACUGACACAGUGGCAGUCCAUCAGUUUUGUGCACUUGCAUACCCACCUCUUUAGAGCCACUCUGCUGGACAACAGCAGUGAGGCAUGGACAGAAUCUGCCUUUGUUCUCUCCCGGUAUCAUUUCCGAUUCACUGUCACCUCGCACCUGGUCCCUGAACCAAUGGAGUAUUCCAGCGUGUAGUGAAGGGCCAUUUUGAACGAGCCAGUGACAUGUGUCCCUAGGAAUGUAUACGCCAUUUUUGAUCAAUAACUUGAUAUUCAUUUAUAUUCUGACAAAAUAUUAUUCUGCUAUCCUUGCAUUAGAGAUGUCAAAAAUUA